AUGAUUGUUGCAGUUACCGGGUUCUGGACCACUCCACGGGGUCCUCAGAUGUACGCAUGCCUCACAUACAUCGAGAAGAACAUGAGGGUAGACUGCGAGUUUCCCCAAACCUACCAGGUGCCCGGGCCUUACUGCGAAUUUAAACAGGACGGGCGUCUGAUGGGGACCACUUUUCCCAACAGCCCCGUUUACCUCAUGCCCACACUGGAGAUCCGACGCCGCACCAAUGUCACCCUGGUGCCGCCCAACAUCUGUCGUCUUACCUGGAUGCCCCUUUUAGAUGACCGCGCCUACACGUACACCUGUAGAGUGUAUCAGGGCAGCAGCUGGAAGGAGAACAGUAUGGCAUUUCACCAAAGUGUUGCCUCCGCCCAGACGGUGAAAAAACUUGACGCUUGUUUAACUCAGGAAAACAACCUACGAAUGAUGUGCUCAUUCGACCCGGGAGAGGGCACAGACCCUUUGUUCUGCACAUAUACCACAGAGAGCAAAGUGGUGGCAUCAACCAGCGCAGACAAGCCACAGGACCCUGUGUACAAGAACAAGGCAGUUGCCAAAAUUGAGGGCGAGGUGUGUCACCUGAAUCAAACUGGCGUUCCUGCAGAUAAGCCCAGAAACUACACCUGUGCCAUUCAGAAGAAGAAGACAGUGGAAAAGACUUUGCUAGUGGAUGCAAAGAACUUGCAAAAAUGCUGUGCCCUGAGCGUUCUGAUGCAGAAAGGAACCGCCCUUGUCCUGGCUCUGCUCACUCCUCCCUUGCUGUCAGAAUAUCUGUGAUCUACUCACUUCGUCUGGCAAAUCCUUUUCAGUUCAAGUUGCCCCCACUGCCUAAGUAGAGCAGGGUACUUUACACGUAUGAGGAAAAAUACUGCUUUAUUUCUUAGCUCACUGCUUUAAUUCGUAAGCGCU